UGGACCUGUUGGAAGAAAACCUGUUUGAAGGUCCCCCACUGCCCGCAUCCAUCACUAGGGACUUUGUUUAUCCAGUGGAGCCAAAUUGUAGCUCAACCAUGUUCCAAGGUGACCUCAGCUUCUUGGCGAGCUUGCAGCUGUCUUCAGAUGUUAGCUCCUUCUCCCCAACAAACAAUAAUGGUAGCUGCAGCAAUCAAAGGGCACCCUUGCCAUGCCCACGGCAAGAUGUACCUUGCCCGCCACAAGCUUUGCCAUGCCCGUUGCGAGCCUUGCCAAGUCCACUAAGAGCCUCGCCAUGUCCACCACGAGCCUCCUCAUGUCCACCGCGAGCCUUGUCAUGCCCAUCACAAACCAAGCAGCACCAACUACAAGCUUUGCCUCCCCUAACUCAAGAUGUGCCAUGCUCUCAGAAUGUGCCGUGCCCUCGGCAGAAUAUGCCACGCCCACCCCAAGACUCUCUGGGCCUACCUCAAGAUGUACCCGGCCCACCUCAAAACAUGCUAUAUCCACAAGAUGUGACACACCUGAAAGAUGUGCCACAGUUACCAGGCAAUGUAUCACUGUCACCAGGAGACAUGCCACAGUCACCAGAUGUGCCAUACUUACGGGGGAAUAUGCCACACUUACUGGGAGAUAUGCCACCCUCACUGGGAGACACGCCUCACUUACCAGGAGACAGGCCUGACUCUCCCCAGAGUGAUGUCCUGAGCGAUGGCACCCCUAUGGAUAUCUCCGCUCCAUGCUCCCCGAGUCCACAGUCACUACCAUCCGAAACUUCCUUGGAAAAAGUUCCUUGGCUCUCUGUCAUGGAAAUUCCAGCCAGAAAAGAGAUAUUACUGUCCAAACCUGCCAACCCUGGGCCUGUCCAGGUGCAAGCACAAACACCAGCAGGUGGGUCGUACAACAGACCAUGCCUGCAUAGACUGAAGUACUUCCUACGACCCCCGGUUCAUCACCUCUUUUUCCAUACUCUCAUACCGGAUAAAGACACAAGAGAGAACAAAGGUCAAAAAUUGGAACCCAUUCCUCAUCGGAGACUAAGGAUGGUAGCAAAUACCAUUGAAGAAAAUUUUCCCCUGGGGACUCUGCAGUUUUUGAUGGACUUUGUGUCACCCCAGCAUUAUCCACCCAGAGAAAUCGUGGCUCACAUCAUCCAGAAAAUCCUGCUUAGUGACUCCGAGACCGUGGAUAUCCUAAAGGAGGCCUACAUGCUUCUCAUGAAAAUUCAACAGCUACAUCCUGCCAAUGCCAAGACGGUGGAGUGGGACUGGAAACUUCUCACCUAUGUCAUGGAGGAAGAGGGACAGACUCUGCCCGGGCGAGUCCUUUUUCUGCGUUAUGUAGUGCAGACCCUAGAAGAUGACUUCCAGCAAGUCCUGAGAAGGCAGCGGCAGCACCUGCAGCAAUCCAUUGCAAACACGGUGCUGUCCUGUGACAAGCAACCCCACAAUGUCAGGGAUGUUAUCAAGUGGCUGGUCAAAGCAGUGACUGAAGACGGACUGACCCAGCCCCCAAAUGGGAAUCAGACCUCGUCAGGAGCAGGGCUCUCGAAGGCCAGCAGCAGCCGUCCUCCUGCCCAGCCCAACCUGACGAAGAGCGCCAGUCAGCUGAUCGUGUGCCAGCUUCAGAGGAUGCUCUCCAUCGCCGUCGAGGUGGACAGGACUCCUACCUGCAGCUCCAACAAAAUUGCUGAGAUGAUGUUCGGGUUUGUGUUGGACAUUCCUGAGAGGAGACAGAGGGAGAUGUUCUUUACCACCAUGGAAAGCCACCUUCUGCGCUGCAAAGUGCUAGAAAUCAUAUUCCUGCACAGCUGCGAGACACCCACCCGCCUGCCCUUGUCUCUGGCCCAAGCCCUCUACUUUCUGAACAAUUCCACAUCUCUGCUCAAGUGUCAGUCGGAUAAAACCCAGUGGCAGACUUGGGACGAGCUGGUUGAGCACCUGCAGUUCCUGUUGUCCAGCUACCAGCAUGUUUUAAGAGAGCACUUACGGAGUUCGGUGAUCGAUCGGAAAGACUUAAUCAUCAAAAGGAUUAAGCCCAAGCCCCAGCAAGGAGAUGACAUCACCGUGGUGGAUGUGGAGAAGCAGAUCGAGGCCUUCCGCAUCCGCCUGGUCCACAUGCUGGGGGAGCCUCUCGUCCCCCAGCUCCAGGACAAGGUGCACUUGCUGAAGCUCCUGCUCUUCUUUGCUGCGGACUUGAACCCCGACACGGAGCCCUCGCCAAAGAGCUGGAGCAGCCCGAGGCCCGCUGAACGUGGAGAAUCCUCCUGAACUCUCACCCACUGCUUGGAGGCCCUCGAGUGUGACACUGUAUGCACUAUACAUUGACCAUCUCCAUCCAAGUGUGAGAAAAAGACCCUCUGCCGAAUGAACUACAUGUCAGCAUUAUGUCUUUCAAGACACUGACAGCCUGUUUCUGGAGGGACGUUUGUUUUUGCCUAAUGCAACAAGCAUUCUAUAUUAGACCUGUUAUAAUGCCUAAGAUUUUGACUUUGUGGCCAGUCUAUUCACAUCGAAUGUUAUGAAGGGGGGUGGAAACAAAAUCAAGUGUGUCACAAAACAUUUGAUGUUACAAGGAUGUAAUAAAAACUAACGGUUUUUCAACAAAA